AUGUCUCAACAAGAACAACAAUGUCAACGUUCUCUCUCGCUGCAGUGUUGGGAUGCAUGUUUACAUUAUGAACUUGCACGUGCUGAGAUAUGGAGUCAAUUAAAGAAUAGUGAUUUAUUUGAAAAUGACUGGAUGUCUGGGGAUACAUUACUUUCCAUUGAGGAUAAAACAUGUAUGAUGGCACUACAUCAUAUUGCAUUUGAUUCUCUAGGGUUCACGAGUGAAGUAAAUAUUAGAAAUUUCUUACAAGACUUUAAAAAGAAAAAGAAUAAACACUUUACGGAUAUGAAGGAUGAUCGUAUUUCUAUGGAUAUGUUUAUAUCCCUUUUGGAAUCUGUUAAACUUGUGAGUAAUGCUGUGAAUAUACUUCACACAUUAUGGGGAACAUUACUGCAAAUGGAAGAGCUUCUUGUUAAGUGUAUAAUAGAUGAAAGUAAUACUCGUACGGCUUUGGAAGUGAAACAGCGGGAAUUAAGAGAAGAACUCUUCUCAUUUGCACGACAAUGGGAAUAUGCAGAGAGAUUACAAGAGCAAUUAGAACAACGUGUAUAUUUAUCUACUUUACACACCGUAGCUACAAGAGAAGGAAGAAGAAGAGGAUGUAUAGAUAAUGAUGAUAAUAAUGAUAAUAAUAAUGAUAAUAAUGCUAUUGCAGUGGAUCGUAGGAAGAUAUCACGAAUACGAGAGGCAUUACAUCCCGAUGGAGAAAAACAACAGCAGUUAACACAACAGACUUUACAAAUAAAACGUUUAUCGCAUUUAUGUGAACAACUGGAGAUCCUGCAUGAGGAACUGCAUGUAGCCCAGAUGUAUGAGACACUCUCACUAGAGCAAAUACGCCGUGAAGAGUUCAAUCAAUUUGUACAGUUGUGUAAAGAAGAAUCUAAGAAACUACAGUAUGAUGAUCAGUUAUCUCGUAUGGAGCAGCAACUUGGAAUUAUUGGUCGCUUUGUAAUUGGUCUUUCCGUAUCUACAUUAGGCAGAAAGGGACAUGAUGCUAUUCUUCAACAAAUGCGUAAUCAAAAAACUGCAGAUAUAUCUAUAGCCAAUACAGAUAUUCAUAUUUCUAGUGAUCCUAACAAUCAUUCAAUAACGAAUGAUUUUACAUGGCUUGUGAAGUGUGAUACUGAUGAUAAUAGUCAUUAUUGUGUUUCUUCUAUCAUUACAACAUCUCAACCAUUUUCAUUACUGCAACAACAAUGUGUGUUGGAUCCAUCUUGCUAUAAAAGUUUAGAUACAGUUGAAGUUUCUACACAUCAUGAGGGAAAUGUGUUUAAUACUCCCAUGAGGAAUGUGGAGGAGGAAGACAGUACUGUAGAGAAGGCAUUGCAUCGUACAUUUGAUUCUUUAGUGCGUCUUAAUCAUAUGGAGUUAUCGGAUGUAUUUCAGAGAAUUUCUAAUCAACAAGAAGAAGAAAAAGAAAAAGAAAAAUUAAAGGAAUCCUCUCAAUAUGAAAAAGUAUCAAUCCCCAAUGAUGUUGUGUUAUUUCCCUCUUUUCUUAUCUUUAUUACCUGCUGUGAUCUGCAUGUGAUUGGAUCCCCCGCACUUGCCUUUGCAAGACACUGUCGUCCUUGUAUAGAUCCCAAUUUUGCUGAAAAGAUGAAAUCUCAUCAUUCAUAUCAGGGAAAUGAGUGGAUUGCAGACCAGGCAAUGAAUUAUAAUGACUUUUGUGCAUUUCUUAUGGAUCAGGCAUCUCUUGAGUACGUGCGGGAUGCAUUUCUCUUUACUCCAAAUGCAUUACUUAAACGUAUAGUGAUAAACAUUAUUAUACCGAAAUGGUUAAAUGAAGUGAAAGCUCAAACAGUAACAAAUAAAAAGGAUAAUUUAGGAGAAAUGAAUUCAUUAAAUUCUUCAACAAUGAAACUACACUGCAGUAAUGACUUGUGUGUACUUCUUGAUACUGCAGUAUCAUGGCUACAAAUGAAUAUGUGUACAGUAAAGGACUUUGCAUUAGCGUACAAGAAGUAUGUUCUUGAGUACAAGUGCAGUAUAAAGCCAGACGAGGGGCGAUGUAGUUUUACAACAACUCCAGUCCUUUUGGCACUCUUAUUUCCAUCAUCAUUGUCAUCAUCAUUACUAUUAUUAUUAGGUGUAGAAGAGUCAACAAAAAAGAGAAUAGAAGGUAUGCAUAUAAACUGUGAUAUCUCUCGAUUGGAGGUAUUGCGACGUUCUUGUGGUCAUGCCUUUUUAGAGGCGAGUCAAAUAGUGAGUGAUGAUGGUAGUUUAGAUGGUGUAACGGCAUGGUUGAGUGUUGGGGUUACUAGUAUCAAUCGAGAUAAACUUAUGCAACGUGUUUCAGCUGCGAUUAAGGAUAUUCUCUGUUUUAACUUUGAAGAGGGUAUUUAUUAUGAUAAUGAUUUAUUACCAAAUGGUGAGGGGGACAUUAUUUCUUAUCAUACACCUAUUUCAUGGAUAUUGUUGCUUGCUGUGUGCGUAAAGCUCUCAUUUGAUGAUAGUGUUUCUGUUGGUAAACUGGAUGAACUUUUUGGCCUUCUCAUUGUAUCAUAA